UAGUGUCUCAAUCUUCUCCAUAUUCUCACACUACCUCCUCAAUCAUGGCUUCCAGUGCCAAAAUCCUGUUUCUCGCAGCACUUCUCGUGCUCUGCUGCUCCACACCCACCGAAGCCUUUGGUCCCAAACGCACCCGCAUCCAAUUUUACCUCCACGAGAUAAUGAACGGCACCGACCCUACUGCAGUACCCGUCGCUGCCCGGUCCAACUACACGGGCGCAAACCCGUUGGCUGCCAUGUUCGGUACAAUUUCAAUCAUGGACAACCCACUUCGGACCUCCCGCGACGCGAAUUCGACUUUGCUGGGGCGGGCGCAAGGGCUGUACGCGAUGGCGUCGCAGAGUGAGGUGGUGCUGUUUAUGUCGGCUACUUAUUCGUUCACCGCCGGGCGUAAUAACGGGAGCUCGUUUAGUCUGGUUGGGUUGAAUCACGCGAUGAGGCCGUUGAGGGAGAUUCCGAUUGUGGGCGGUACCGGACGGUUUCGGCUGGCGGAAGGGUAUUGUACGGUUCGGACUGUUGCCAUUGACGGGUCGAAUAAUAUAAUCGGGUAUAAUGCGACCCUGUUCCACUAUUGAGUUGGAGAACUAAUAUUACUAAUCAUACCCUUGCAAUAUUUGUCAUUUAUCUUAUAAUAAUGAUGUAAUUUUUGUAUUUUUUUUUUGAAUUCCAAUAAAAUUUGAGAUCUUUCAAUCUAUGAAAUAAAAAUCAUUGAUCCUUAA